AUGGCAAAUAAAAUUACCACAGAAAUAUUGGUUAUAAUUUUAAAUAAGGUUCAAUCAUUACAAGAUUUUUAUUCAUCUUUAUUAGUUAAUCAAUUCUGGUGUAAAGUCACUAUACUUAUAUUUUGGGAAUUAACUUUGGGUCGAGAAUGUAGUACAAAGGAUAAGAAGUUGAGAAAAAACGUAUUAUGUAUUCGAACUUAUAUAUCGUGUAUGGAUCGUUGUACAUUUUUGGAUUGUUUUGAAUUGACGGAAGUUUCCAAAAAAUUUACCAAAAUGUUUCAUUAUUAUAGUAGUUCAAUUGGCUCAAUUCUCAAAUUCCUUGGUGCCGCAAGAGUAUUUCAGAAAUUAGAAAGUCUUACUUUGAUAAUAAGAAUCGGUUAUGAAAAGAUUUGUCCAUUAUACGAAUCACUAACAUUGAGUCGAUCAUUUUUUGAAGCCAUUAGUCAAAAAGAAACAUUAAAGAUUCUUUGUUUAAAAUAUGUAUAUUUAUCAGAUUUUCAAGAAUUUAUUAAAAAAAUUCUCAAAAGAGCCAAUACUAAUUUAAGAAAUGUUUGUCUAGAUUUAUAUCCCACAAUUCCAUUUGAAACAUUUUUAGUGAUUUUAAAUAAUCGUACAAAGAUUACUGAAUUAUCUUUAAAUAAGUUAACUUAA